UGUCAAUUUUGACGCGAAUUGAAAUGUUGGUCAAUUUCAUCUCCAAGCAUCCCCUAAGGCGGUUCACAUCUAGAAGAAAUCUGUUCCACUUUAUCACAUUAUCAUUCAAUCAAGUAGACGAAGAGAGACGAAAAAUGUUGGGACCAGACAGAGUAUGUGCAGAAUGGAUACUGAAAAAUGGAGGUUCUGUCAGAUGGUUAGGCGAUACUGAAUAUAUUACCGAUUACAAUCUCUUACCACCUGAACGUACGAAGAAGUAUAUUGAAGGGAUGGAUGCUACAAAUUCCUCAAUUAGUCAUCACGGUUUUCCGCAUUUGAAAGGAUGUUUAAAUAUUAGAGAGGUUAUCCUUAGGAACUGUUCAUAUAUUGAGGAUGAGGCCAUUGCAGCACUGGAACAUCUGAAGGGGAGUUUAACGCAUUUGAUUAUCGAGGAUUGUCCAAAUGUUACUCUCAAGGGUCUAUCACAUGUUCUGAAACAGAAAAGACUGAAACGGUUGAUACUGAGAGAUUUUUUGUACAUAAAUAAGAAUGAGCUAGAGCAUUUCAUUCAAGAAACCAGUCUGAUAAUUCCUUCCUGUCGAAUAAAUUGAGCAUAUCAAAA